AGCCCUUGGGUAGUUAAGAAGCACGGAUUGGACUACAGCAGUCAACUUCACAAACGCCUGUUACCCAGUGCAGGAUGGCAGAGCCAGGAGUGUUUGCAGCCAGGCGGCACGAAGACACAACGAGAGAAUCCGGCUUCGCCUACACCAACAGCAAUAACACCAAAGAUCCUUUUGAAGGCCCCAACUAUCACAUUGCUCCAAGAUGGGUCUACAAUUUGGCAACACUUUGGAUGUUUGUGGUGGUCGUCGCGUCAAUCUUCACCAAUGGCCUGGUACUUGUGGCAACUGCAAAAUUCAAGAAGCUCCAACACCCUCUCAACUGGAUCUUGGUCAACCUUGCUUUUGCUGAUAUUUUGGAGACAAUUUUGGCUAGCACUAUAAGUGUUUGCAACCAGUUUUUCGGCUACUUCAUUCUGGGUCAUCCAAUGUGCGUCUUUGAAGGAUUUACUGUUGCCACUUGUGGUAUUUGCGGUCUGUGGUCUCUGGCUGUCAUUUCCUGGGAGAGAUGGAUUGUGGUUUGCAAGCCCUUUGGAAAUGUAAAGUUUGAUGCCAAAUGGGCCAUGGGAGGCAUCAUCUUCGCCUGGAUCUGGUCUGCUUUCUGGUGUUCUCCUCCCAUCUUUGGCUGGAGCAGGUACUGGCCUCACGGCCUGAAGACCUCGUGCGGACCUGACGUGUUCGGAGGCAAUGAGGAUCCGGGAGUGUUGUCCUACAUGAUCUGCCUCAUGAUAACAUGUUGCUUCAUCCCGCUGGGAGUGAUCAUUUUUUGCUACAUGUUUGUGUGGUUGGCCAUCCACGCUGUGGCUGCACAGCAGAAGGACUCUGAGUCAACGCAGAAGGCUGAGAAAGAAGUGUCCAGGAUGGUGGUGGUCAUGAUUUUCGCGUACUGUUUUUGUUGGGGACCUUACACGACAUUUGCCUGCUUUGCUGCGGCAAACCCGGGUUAUGCUUUCCACCCUCUGGCUGCUGCAAUGCCGGCAUACUUCGCCAAAAGCGCCACCAUCUGGAAUCCAGUCAUCUACGUCUUCAUGAAUAAACAGUUCCGCACUUGCAUCAUGCAGCUCUUUGGUAAGGCAGAAGAUGAUGGUUCUGAAGUAUCAACAUCAAAAACAGAGGUUUCCUCCGUGGCCCCUGCAUAAACCCCAGACUUCCUACCUCUUGGAAACAAAUAAUGAACACUGAGAUUUUCCAAAUGGGACAGGACAACCACUUGUGUUUCAUAAGCUAAACGUUCCCCACAACUUUUCAGAAGCUUUACCUCACACAGUUCCACUGUGUAAAAAAAUACUAAUGAAACCUAAAUAGCUAAUGGAUCAUCCCUGAGUGUUUUAUAAUCAUGGGUAUUCCCAGCAACCAGAGAUGUGUAGCAAUUGAUUUGCAUACUAUAGCUAUUGUGGCACAUUGUCAGAAUAUGCAUAUACUACUGCUCUCAAUGUCUGUGCAAGUGUCAAGGAAUAAGUUGCCAUCUUGAAUGAUAUUCCCUUUACACUGCAGUCACUUGACAGUUCAGAACAAACAAAAAUGAAUAACUGCCAUUGUAAGUAACCUAAACAAAUAUGGACACAAUGUAUGGUUUCGAAACUACUUACUUUUGAGGUAAGUUAUAUGUUAACAUUUUGUAGUCCUCUUGCAAUAAAAAAAAACACAAAAAAAUUAUCUGAAAUA